UUUAGACAGCUCCUCGGACUGACAGCAAACAGGCCAACGCGCCCUCAGUCUGAAUUCUACAUCAUGAGGCAGCAGAUCAUGUGUAAUGACAAACUAUUAGCAUUUGCACACCUUGGACUGUAUUAGCGUCAGCGCCUGAGCUAAUGUUCUCAGUUUAACCUCCCUCUCAUCAGCCAGUGUUAUCCUGUCCUGAAAAUGCUGUCUAAGCCCUCGCUCUGCUGUGUGAGAGCUCUUAAUUCCCUCAUUGUGUCUCUUUCUCUCUCCCGCUCAGCAGCCCUGACUUAACUAGCCAGAGAAAUCUGUUGUGUUUUGCACUGUGGCUGCCCGCUGUUCCUUGUGGUGCAGGUUUCAGUCCCCCUCAGAGGACAGACAUGUGGCGAGGGACAAGAGCGGCUACCACAGGAAGUGACAGCAGGAUCCCCUGAGCUCAAGAACAAAGGAUAGCCACCAGCCGAUCAACGCAAGGAGACGUGAGCCCAGGGGAAUAUCGACCAUGUUGAUGCCAUGGAGAUUGUUCCUCUGCCAGAUGGCACUGAACAUAUUCUAUCACAUCGCAAAAGCCAGUUUGUGCCUUGGUGGUCAAGACAUAUUUGCCACGGUCAGAGAGAACAGUCUCACUGGAGAGUUCAUAGCCAACCUCAGUAUCAACGGAGACCCUGGAGCCAGUAGCAUCCGCUUGUGUCUGACUGGAGAAAACGCUGACUGGUUUUACCUUGAAGGCAGAACAAUCCGCCUCAACUCGUCGUUUUCAAGGAUCUUAGAUCGAGAGGUGCUGGGAUCAGUUCUGAUAGCUGCUUUGACAUGUUAUGAAGAUGAUAUAAUUAGGAGUCGAUAUCGAAUCAUGGUGGAAAUAUUGAAUGAAAAUGACAACAUGCCAUAUUUCCUUGAAGACACAAUUCAACCACGAUAUAUAAGUGAGUUGCUGAGUGUAAACUCGAUGGUGUUCACAGUAAAAGCUAGAGAUGGCGAUGGAGACACGAUCACUUAUAUGACCGACAAAUCUACAAAUCCAAGAGAGCAUUACCAGCACUGUGUGUCUCUCAUUCAGGCCGAUGCCAGCUAUUUUAGGAUUGAUCUGCCCAACAGCGGGAUGGUGAUCCUUGAUAAACCAUUGGACUAUGAGACUAAAAACCAGCUGCAGGUGGUCAUUUUUGCUGUGGAAACGAACACAAAAGAGAAGUACAGCACAACAGCUACAGUCACCGUGAAUGUUCUAGACGGUGAUGACCAGUAUCCUCAGUUUCAGCCAUGCGUACCAGUUUAUGAAGAUGGAGAUCAUAAUAUCUGCACCAACCCUGUGUACAGUGUUAACAUCACAGAGGCAGAUGAGGAUGCUGUGCUUUAUUUUUCUCCGGGUCCCAUUCAUGCUGAAGACGGAGACAAAGACAUACUGACUCCUCUAGUCUACAGUAUUUUGUCAGGUGAUGAUAAUGGCAGAUUUACAAUCGACUCUAAAACAGGAGAAAUCUCUCUCAGGCAACGUGUGGAAAACAGAUUCCUCACACCUUCAUUCAGACUCCGCAUAAUGGCUGCACAAAUGAACGACCCAAAGAAAUAUUCGGUGGCGAUGGUACUGGUGCAUGUGGUGUCGGAGAACCGGUUUCCUCCAAUCUUCAACAAAACCGUCUACAAAGGGUUCCUCACCGAGAGCUCCAGUCCUGCUACACUGGUCACUACCUACGGGAACCAAGUCCUGGUAGUCCAGGCCAUCGACAGGGACUUCAGAGAUGGAAUAAACCCAAAAAUCCAUUACACAAUGCAGCCUUUGAUAGGUAGCACCAAACUGUACCACAUUACUCAGGAUGGCAUUGUGAUUGCAAAGACAGACCGGCUCAGAGCGUUUGAUCGACACAUUCUGGAGGUGAUUGCAACAGAUGAGGAGUCAGGUGAGAUGGCCCAUGCUUCAGUGGAUAUUGAAGUGCUGCAGAGGGGACAACCAGUUCCCAGAAGUCUGUUCGGCGAGGAACAUCUGUUUGGAGAUAUGAACACAGGGAUGGCUGGCGGCAUCGCUGCUCUAGUUCUGAUAGUGGCUGUGACAUUACUAUGUCUCUUCCUCUGGCUGGCAAAGAGACGGAGAGAGAGACGGGAUCCAGCGGACAGGGGCGCGGUAGCUCUUGGGAAAAACCCGAAUGUGGAGGCAUCUUCACCCAUCUCUCAUCACCAAGUGUUGUAGGACUUCAGCAGCAGCAUCACAAUCAUAUUUAACUCUGUUUCUAAAGGCACAGGCAAGAUAUCUGUGCCAGGACUAAGAACAUUGUGAGAGACACAUGGAGGUGAACAUACACAUUUUUGAAGACAGCUGUUUUUGUGAUAUUUUGUGUUAUUGUUGAAUGUUUUGGUUUUGUGUGGAAGGACACAGUGGAACACAAUCCCAUGAGCCCUGGUCAUGGCAGCUAUAUAUGUCGAACUAUGCUUGCACUUUUGGAACUCAUCUUUUGUCAGAGAGAGUUAAGUUCAAAUAACACAUUCAUUUAUAAAGCCACUAUACUGUAAAAAAAAUAUUAGGUUGGUAGGAUUAAAAAUAAAAAUGUUUUUGAAAGAUGUCUCUAAUUCUCAAAAAGAUGGCAUUUGUUUGAUCAAAAUACAGUUUUCUAUUGCAUUGUA